AGCAGCAAACAUUCACUUCCGGGUUACGUCACGGUCUUAAAGACUGCUUCUGGUUUGUUUGUUGUGCGCAAAUGUUGUUCUCCUGACACGCUACUUCCGGUCAAGCUGCUUGGCGUGCGCGCUGAUAAACAUGGAGUCUCUGCAAAGACAUCGCUCGCUUUAUAAAGGAACGACUCCACCGUGGAAAGAAACAUAUCGCAAGCGCUGUGUGGAGAGGCUCAAGAGUCGCCGGUCGAGGUUGCUUGACCGAUAUCGCAACAUGGGCGAGGGCCUCAAGUGCGCCGGCCCGGCGACCUCCCUCAUCGUCCAGGAGGUCAUGGAGGAGGAAUGGACGGCUCUGCAGUCCGAGGAUCGGAGAUUGCCGUCCUUGUGGGGCCCAGGCGGCAUUGCGGAGAUGCACAACGUUAUGAAGGAUCAUGACGAACUGGCGGUUUUGGCGGAAAUCCAGCAGGAGCUCCUGUCUCACGAAAUGUCGAUUAUUGAAGAGUACGAGAGAAACCAACAAUUUGAGCAGCAGUAUAUCUCAUCUGUUGUGGAAGGGUUGGAAGAGGCUCUCGUUAUUUGCCCCACGUGCCGCACGAGCAACUUGAACAUCAGCAGCCAUUUCAUCUCUUGUCCAUGUGGACUGUACAUAAAUACAAAGAUGAAGAACAUCACCGCAGAUGUCCUGCGGAAUCUUUUGGAAUCCAGAGUGACGGAGCACAUGGAAGACUGCCCCUACACCCCUGUUUUUUCAUUUGCAUCCAAUGCAACCUCCUCUCCCAACCUGCUGAUAAGUUGCCAGGCUUGUGACUACCUCGCCAUCGUCCUAUGACUUGGAACACACAAAAUGAAAGAUUUGUAUUAAUGCUCAUGUAAAUCUGUUUAAAUAAAGGUUAUUUUUUUUUAUACUUAAUUCAGAAGUAUUUCGUAUUAAAAAUAGGUUCACAAAAUGCCCUGAACCACUUAAUGUGAAGUUUAAGUUGGGGAAUUCGGGAUAUAUUCCUCAAUGUAGAUUAGUUAGAAAUGUAUGGGAUAUGUUUUUUAUUUAUUUAUUUAAUAAACGCAGUAUAAUUAUGUAAUAGUUUGUAGUACAUUGUGUUGAUCAUAAAAAUGUCUAACUUUUUUUUUUAAUUCACUCAAUAUCAUUGCACAACAAAACAAUGUCCAAUAAACGUCGUGUCAUUGUUGAA